GUAAUUACUCAUCGGUAUUUAUCAAUCCAAGGCAUGCCCUGACUGUCGAACGAGCUGAACUUGCGAACCCGGCAGCUCGUGUUACAGUGUCGGGCAAUGUUAAAGAAAGUCAUGUUAUAAAUCUAGUUCGCUGCCAGCGAGACGGGGGCACCGAUCUGUGCACAGCAAACGAGCGCUGGGCCCAUGGAGGAAUGCCCCGUUUGCUUUUCGCGGGUGCCGCUGGCGCAGCUCGAGGCGCAUGUGAACCGGCACUUUGACCAGCCAGCUUCAUCAGCAGCGCCUUCGUCAACAGCAGCGAACCCGAGCGCCUGUUGCUCCCGCUGCGGCGCCAGUGUGCCGCUGUCAGAGCUCGACGCCCAUGAACGCGCCCACGAGGCCACCACAUCCAGCGCGCGCCCACGGGACCUUCACUAUGGCUCAGGGGCCGCAGGCACUGGCACGUACAGCCACACGGGCCGCACAGGCGGCAGCACACCCGCCCCCGCCCCUGCACACCCACACCCACACCCGCAGCCGGGAUCACCCGCCUCCUCAUCCGUCAUUGUGAUCUCAGAGGACGAGUCCCCGGCGCCAGGGCGACACCCGCCCUCAGCAGCAGCUGCUACUGCUACUGCCGCUGCCCCUGCCGCUGCUACUGCUACUGCCGCUGCCCCUGCCGCUGCUACUGCUACUGCCGCUGCUACUGCCGCUGCUACUGCCGCUGGGCGCGGUGCGGCCGCCGCCACAAACCCAGCCGCGGCCGCCGCCGCAGCUGACACGGGCGCGGGCGCGGGCGCGGGAACGGACGCGGACUGGGAGUGGGGGUGGCCCGCGGGCGCGGGCGCAGCUGCGGGCAGCGCCGAGACCGUGGAUUCGAUCCAGUGUCCGUUCGGCUGCGGGCAGUGGGUGCCCCUGGCGGAGCUGGACUCGCACGAACUGGCGCACGCGGUGCAGCGGCAGCAGCAGCGGCAGCGGCAGCAGCAGCGGGCGGCGCUGGGGGGAGCGGGAGGAGGAGCAGGAGGAGGAGCAGGAGCAGGAGGAGGAGCAGCAGGAGGAGGAGGAGGAGCAGGGGCGGCUGGAGGAGUGGAUGGCGCGGGCGAGGACGAGGACGAGUGGAUGCUGGCCGGCUUCGGUGACACGGAGUACGACUAUGACGGGGAGGCGGCGGCGGCGGCGCUGGACGGCGCGGCGGCGGCGGAGGCGGCGGCGCGGCGGCUGCAGGAGGAGGCGGACUUUGAGGCGCUGCGGGCCAAGUACGGCUUUAGCUCGCUUCAGGCCUGGCUGGAGGCGGCGUGGGGGUGCGGCUACGACCGGCUGGGCUGCGAGAGCCUGGGCGGCAGCAUCCAGGGCGACCGCAAGUGGAUCGGCACCACGGAGGCUGCGGCGCUGUUGAGGAGCUUCGGGGCGCGGGCACACAUCGUGGACUUCCAGGGCUCGGGCGCUGCGGGCGGUGGGCUGCCGGGCGGGUCCAUGGUGCUGGGCGCCGAUGGCCGGCCGCUGCACAUCGGUGUGGAGUGCGACCUGUGCGGGCAGCUGCCCAUCCGCGGCGCCCGCUACCGCAGCCUGGCCGCGCCCAACUUCGAUCUGUGCGCAGACUGCAGGAACAGCGGCAGGCCGGAGGCGGCGGCGGCGGCGCCCUACCAGGAGCUAGGAGGCCACACGCCGCCGGCACUGGCACCCCAGGCGGCGGCGGCUGCCGGCGGUGGCUCGCUAGCAGCAGCUGCGGGGUCGCAGCAGCAGGGGCAGCUGCAGCAGGGGCAGCAGCAGCAGGGGCAGUCGCAGCAGCAGGGCUCUCAGCAGCAUCAGGGGCAGCAGCAGGGGCAGCAGGGUGGGCUAGUGCAGACGCAGCUGCACGCUUACUUCGGCGGCGGAGGCGGAGCCGGCAGGGGCGGACCUGGCAGCGGCGGAGCCGCCGCAAGCCAUGGCAGCGGUGGCACCCUUGGUAAUGGCAGCGGCGGCGGCCGAUCAGGUCGCGGGAGUGGCCCCGCCGGCGGCGGCGGUGGGGCGCGGCAGGGCCGGGGCCGGGGCCGAGGUCGCGGUGGGGCAGGUGGUGGCGGCGGCGGGCCUCAGGAGCAGGGUCAGGCGCACACGCACACACACUGGCCUCUGGUGGAGUGGGUGUGGAAGUACUUCACUGGCGCCCACGAACCCACACGCCACAUGUGGGCAGGCUGGGCGGCGCCCGGCGCCCCCGCUGCCUCGGCUUCCGCGGCUACCGCCGCCGCCUCUACGCACUCCGCACCUGAUGCAUGGACAGGAGGCGGCGGCGGCACCGCGGCUGUGACGGCAGCGGCUGCUGCUGCGGGGUCGGGGUCGGGGUCGGCAGUAGCCAUGGAGGUGGACCCGCAGCACGCCUCUCACCAUUCUCUUCAUCCUCCUCCUCACGGCCCGCACGGCCCGCUACUGCGCUCCUCGCCGGUCAUGCUCACGGGAAUGCCGCCACUGUACUUCCAGCACGAGGGUCACAGCCGUACCAUCAUCGGCAUAGAGCGCCGCCGCGACCCCUCCGCCUCCUCCUCCGCCUCGCCACCACCCGCAGCCGCCGCCCCUGCUGCUACAGCCUCCGCGCCGCAUGCGGGCGGCAGUAGCACCGCUGGCCCCGGCAGUAGCAGCAUUAGCAGCAGCAGCAGCAGCCCGGGCCCCGGCGACGGCUACAGCUACUGCUUGUUGGUGUUGGAUCCGGCUUCGCCGGGGGCGGCGCAGGAGGCGGCUCUGGCGGGGCAGGGGCGGGGGCAGGGGCAGGGGAGGGGCGGGUGGGCACGGUUCGUGCGGCGGGGGUUGCACACGCUCAACCGGCCGCAGUACCAGCUCAUGUAUGUGGACGUGGGGGUCGCGUCUGAGAUGGCCGGGGCUGGCGUGGCAGGAGGAGGUGGGGGAGGGGUUGGGGGAGGGGGAGGCGGCAGGGGGGUGCUGGCGAGCCCGGCGGAGCGGGAGGCGAUGAAGGUGAUCAGCGCUGUGGAGCGCUACGGAGCGCCCUAGGGCGUAGGCGUGGUAGAGGAGGAGGUGAGGCAAGGCCGUGUGGUGGAGGACUGAGGACAGGGAGGAGGGCGGGCAGGUCGGCGGGGUGUGAGAGCGGGUGUGAGGAACCGUGGUCAACAUGUGUGCAUUGCGGAGUGGCGGGUGCGUUGGCGGUUGUGCCUCUGGUUUGCUGGCAUAACGGGCGAAAGCGGAGAGCGUGUGAGCAGGGUCCAGUCUUCGGAAAGCAGGCUGUGCACACAUGUUGGGUAAGAACAAGUUAGCCGGAGGAUUUCGGUUCGUGUGAUGGAAGUCGAUGCUGAGCGUGGAUUCGCGUCGCGGACGUGGACUUUUGUGACAGU